AUGUACUCUCAAAAGUUCACCCAGUACCUCCUCGAGAAAUGCACAAGUCAACAAACGACAGCCCAUGCCCACUUGCUCACCGAAUUCUUCGUCGACACUGCCAAACAGCACGGGCUCAAUGUCUUUUCGCAGGAAGCAAAUGAUGGUGCUGAAGAGGGUGGGAAGGGGUUGUUGGGCGAGUAUAAUGAGGUGACGAGGGUGUAUGUGGACUUUUUGCAAGCCUACUUGACGGCAUGGCAAUACGCCAAGACGUUCCACAAAGAGCUCGCUGCCGCCGACCCCGCAAGCCUCACGCAGACCCAACAGGCGCUCGUCAAGUUUGUCGAUAAUUGGACGUGUGACGAGUUUGUAGAGUUUGUGGAGGGGUGUGCCGAGAUUGUUGAUGGGGCUGGGAUGCUGGGAUCGAGACCGGGAGCUCGUUGGCUGAGAGGUGUGAAGAGAAGGUGUUUAAGAGGUGCAUCUGGUUGGAGCAGCGCUUUUGGCCUCAGCUACAAGUAA